CAUGAAAGUAAAAGCAUCAAGGCGUCUCCAUGCUCUCCACUUAAUCCAUUCAAUUUCCUGCUGAAGUAGAAUUUCUUCCAUUACUGUCAGGCCUUCAAGGUCAGCAUACAGCAGCCGUCUCCAUAGUUCCUUCUGGAAACUUUCUGCUUUAGAAUCCCGAAAGAGUGGCCAGCAGUCACCAAGGCAGGUUCUCUCCCACUGUGCGAUUAAUAAAACCGGUAGGCCGGCAGCUUCCUCCUGGUUGCCAUAGAAAUGACCAGGGCCGCUGGCCCUCUGAAAACAUAAGAGAACAGCAAGUGCGAGACCACGCAUUCCAUCCUGCCCUACAGAUUCAACCAGCUGUCAAGCCGGAGUGAAGGAUCGGGCGAGGUCUGCCGAGUGGAGAAGCGAGCCUCGCGGUGGAACUCGGACACUGUCUCCGUGAGCAUCUCAUCCACAUAACGUAGAGGAGCCAACGUUUCCUUCUUAGCCUGGAUGGGAAGGCAAAGACCAGUGGGAACCCGGCCUGAGAACAGCAGCAGGUCUUGUCGCCAGUGUAACGACACCACCAAGAAGCUCUUCACUCUGAGAAAAUGAACCCUGCCCUUCUCGUGGCUGUCAGGGGCAGAGUGGAUGUCUCCCGGAGUGGAGUCCCAGGCAAGCAUGUUGGAUGCUAAGAAUGAAACAACGAAUGCUUCCCAGGGCUGCCCGUUUGGCGUCUCCUGCCUCCCACAUCACCCAUUCCUUCCGAGGGAUUCAGGUGAGUUCCAAUGAAUUGGCUCCCGGAAGGGGAACACAAGCACGCUGGCGCAUGCUGGGACAAGAAUGGCACCACCUUCUGGGCAUAGCUUCCUUCUGAUCAGCCUGCUGGGCAUCUUUGCAUUCCACUGCUUCACAAGAGGUCAGAAGAACAGCACACUAAUUUUCACAAAGGAACACACCAUUCGGAACUGCAGCUGCUCUGCAGACAUCCGGGACUGUGAUUACAGUCUGGCCAACCUAAUGUGCAGCUGUAAAACCGUCCUGCCCUUUGCAAUAGAGCGAACCAGCUACAGUGGCCAUCUAACCAUCUGGUUCACAGACACAUCUGCACUGGGCCUCCUGCUGAACUUCACGCUGGUCCAGGACCUGAAGCUUUCUCUGUGCGGUACAAACACUCUCCCCACUGAGUACCUGGCCAUUUGGGGUCUGAAGAGACUUCGCAUCAACACCGAGGCCAAGCACGCCUCACCAGAGCAGAGCUUACUUGUCCACAGCGCUGGGGAGGCAGAGCCCAGAGACAAGCCCCCGGCGUCACACACAGGCUGGCAAACUUGUGCGUAUGUCUCAUUCUUGGACAUGGCACUUUUCAACAAGGAGUCAUCCCUAAAAUCAUUUAGCAUUGAAAACGUUGCCGGCAUGGCCAACAACUUUCCCUACUUUCCUUACUUUAACACCUUCCCAAUACUAAGCAACAAAAGCUACGUUGUCACAUUCAUUUACUAACAUUGUAACUGUGUCCAACCACCUGGAACUUUGGCCACCUAUGGAUAAGUUGAAGGAGGAAUGUGAAGAUAAGGCCACGAGUAUGUCUCCCCACAGCUUUGCCUCUCCCCCAACCCCUCCCCCGUCACAGCAGAGCCACACAUAGAAAUACCCAGCCCUCUCUACUCCUCUCCGUGCCCAACCAUGGGAGCUGUUUAAAAAACAAAAUAAAAAGAAACCAAAAACCAACUUGGUUCAAUCCAGAAAUGUGCCUUGAGGGCCAGGGAGAGGCUCAGUCCUCGCUGCUAUGGAUGGGUCUGUGUAGUAAUGUCAGACUAGCAAUGGAGAAAGCAGUGUACACCAGGGGCUACUUAGUGGAGACUGGCAUAGCUGAUGACAUCUCCAAGAAAGGUAUCUUCCUUCAAAACAUGCCUGCGUUAUUUUCUGUGCCAUGUUGUUACAGCACAUGAAAUACAGCACACUGAUUCAUCAAAGGGAGAAUUGAUAGAUUUCAGAGGUUUCAGGACUGAGUCUCACAAGAUAAUUAGGUUUUCUUAGACUGAUAUUUUCCAAAUACCUUGCUAAGAGCAGAUGUGUUGAGAAAGGGGAGUUUUGUGAAUGUGUUUGGGAGGAGGGAGGGAAGGGUAGAAGCUUGGAAACAGAACAGGCCUGGAUAGUGUGGAAAUUUAGGACCAAAUGGAGGGCACUGGGGUCUCAAGGAGGGGGAAAUAGAAGCGCGAUUGGGGGACACAACAAUAAUUGCGCAUACCUUAAAAUUUUGCUUAGAAUCAAGAGACAUAUUCCUCUUCUAGCCCUUCUCUUGUGUUUUCUUCUCUUUAUUUGCCUCCUUCUAUCUCAGCUACACAAUUUCCUCUACUUCUCUCAUUUUCUUCAUCCCUUUCGUCUUCCUUUUCCUGCUCCAGAAAUCAGAACUUAGAUUAAUACCAUAUGAAAGAUGUUUAGGGGCUAGCCUGGGAAUCUGAUAAUCACUCAU